CUACUUUUAUUCUAUGCUUGCCCGUCCGUCGCCCGACAAUUGUUUCAACUUAGCCUAGCCUAGCCUAGCCUAACCUGGCUGGGUUCUAUAAACUACAAUAGAAUUAAAAGCAGUUGGACUCCUCUAAACAAAUUAGCAAAAUAUCGCGUACGUAGGUACUUAAUUGACUUAGAAAUAAAACAAGGUGACACCAUUAAUCUACCGCUACAAUUAAAUAUGGCCAAAGUUCGAAUACCCGAACAAAAAGUUAUACUUUGUGGAGAAUAUGGCGUCGGCAAAAGUUCCUUGUUUCGCCGAUUCACCAAUAAUAGUUUUGUCACUGAGACAGAUCGUAAAUCUACCCUUGGUUUGGAUCACAUGGACAAAGAAUACACCAUCGAUGACAAAACCAUCAAACUUCAACUCUGGGAUACCGGCGGAAUGGAACGUGUUGCCUCAGUCACAUCGAGUUACUAUAAAUUCGCUGAAGGUGCUAUUCUGGUGUUUGCAUUGGACAAUGCAUCCUCAUUUCAUUCACUGUCGCAACACCUCCUCGACAUAGUUACCUAUGCAGAGAAUGCCAAAAUCUUCAUUUGCGGCAACAAGUCAGACUUGGAGGGUCGAGAGCCACAGGUGAGCGAUGCCGAAAUGGAGGCUUUUUGUGAACAAUGCCACAGUCUUAUAAGUGCCACAUACAAGACAUCCUGCAAGACGGGCGAAGGUAUCGAAGAAAUGUUCCGUGACAUAUCGAAUAUCCUUGUUGAUGCGAAUCGCUCAAAAAUAGAGUUACAAGCUCUCGAACACCAUGGAUUCAAAAUCGAUCAUCCCGAUGAACCACCGGAAGAUGAUGGCAAUUGCAUUUGCUAGUUCCAAAUGUCCCCUCCUCCCAUCAUUUCAUCUAAGCCCUUUUGGAUUUGCAUUUAAGUUUUUUGUUGUUUUUCUUUUUGGAAUUGAUUGAUCGAUUUUUGGAGUACAGUUUAUUUAUUGUAGUUUAUUUUUCAAAUAUUUAUCCGUCCCAUAUUGAGCCGGAUUUUCUCUUAUGUUUCUUACCAUGACAUAUUUAUACAUAACACAUAAUAAAUAAUAGCAGCAAAAUAAAUAAUUCAGUUUUUUGUAUUGA